AUCGUAUGGCCUGUCGUUAAACAUGUCUCUUGUUUUCUCAAUUCAGAACCAAUGCAAAUUGGCAAAUUACAUCAUCUCUGUUGAAAGGCUGAACCAAUACAUGCAUAUACCAAGUGAAGCUCCAGAAGUAAUAGAAGAGACCAGACCUCCACUCAAUUGGCCGUCUAUGGGUAAAUUUGAGAUUCAAGGUUUGCAGAUCAGAUACAGGGAUGAUACACCAUUAGUCCUUCGUGGAAUAAGUUGCACAUUUCAAGGUGGGCAUAAGAUUGGUAUUGUUGGUAGAACUGGAAGUGGGAAGACAACGCUCAUAAGUGCCUUAUUUCGCUUGGUUGAGCCCUCUGGGGGGAAAGAUUGUAGUAGAUGGGAUCGAUAUAACAACUCUUGGACUUCAUGAUCUGAGGUCGAGAUU